AUGGCUUAUCUCAUAAUAUUGCAAGAGAAUACAUCCUAUUCCGCAAUGUUGAACAUUCCGGAACCAGUUCCGCUCAUGGAACCAGUUCCAAAUAAUUCCGGAAUUCCCGGAAUCACUUCGGACACAAUUCCAGAAUUCAGUGCAGACUCACAGACACCGACAACCACACCAACAACAUGCAAUUCCGGUACGGAAUUCCGGGAAUUAGGUCGAACAGGAAUUGAACGGAAUUACACUGAAUUCCUGGAAUCGAGCGCACUUAUUCCGGAAUCGGAUGAAGUAAUUACGGAAUCGACGGAACUGAUUCCGUGGGCGGAACUGGUUCCGGAAUGUUCAACAUUGCAGAAUAGGAUGACUGCUCUAUUGCAAUCAAAUUACGAAUGA